AUGGCGCCUUCGCGGAACACCGUGCUUGCUUUGCUCGGUCUUGUUGCGAGCAUACAAGCAAUUCCGGCUGCCUUGCCUGAAGCGCAGUUUGGCAUCGGCCCGCCACAUUAUUCGAUCAGCUGGGACGCUCCACUGCCUGUGGCGACCGAUGAUCCAGAAGACCCAGAAGAACCUGAGUACCCUGCGCCGACGCCCAGCGACCAGAUCUCUCUUGGCCAACCAUCGGCUACCAUCAGCUGGGACGGGCCAUCAGUUCCAACUGAGGAUCCUGAGCCUGAGUACCCAGAAGACCCGGAAGACCCUGAAGAGCCUCUGCCGUCACCAUCGGACAUCAUCAGUCUGAACCCGCCGACCUACUCCAUCUCGUGGGAUGGACCUCAACCGCCUAAGACAACCAGAAACCCAUGGCCACAGUGGCCACCUCGACCUUCGCACAAGACAUCAACCAAGAAGACCUCAUCUAAAGGCUAUGUCAGUGCUACGGUUAGCUGGGCCCAAAAAGACUCUCAGACUCAGCCUAGCGAUGUCAUCAGUCUCAAUCCUCCCACCUACUCGAUCUCUUGGGAUGGACCUACGCCGCCGAAGACUACACAAAAGCCAUCGCCACCAAAGCCUACGAAGAAGCCAUGGCCUCCCAGACCUACAGCUAAGACUUCUACCAACGGCUAUGUAAGUGCUUCCGUUAGUUGGGGCAAGAGGGACGAUGGUCCAUCCUACUCCAUCUCCUGGGAUCCUCAACCACCGGCGACUACCAGGAAGCCGUGGCCGUGGUGGCCCCCGGCUUGGACCUCGACAAAAGGCUAUGUCAGCGCAUCUGUUAGCUGGGGCAAGCGACAGGAAGGCGAGGACCCGGAACCCACGGAUUUCCCGAGCUUCCCAGAUGAUCCAGAAGACCCAGAAGAUCCCGAAAAUCCCAUCAGCUUCCCUGCUGGGCCUCUGCCCACACCUUCAGACGUCAUCAGCAUCCAACCUCCGCAAGUCUCGUUCAGCUGGGGCAAGAGGCAAGAGGAGGAGCCUGAACCUACCGAUUUCCCCGAACCAGAGAACCCAGAAGAUCCCGACAGUCCUAUCGGCUUCCCGGGUGCUCCCGCACCCACACCCCCAAACUCUAUCGGUAUCCAGCCUCCUCAGGUCUCCUUCAGCUGGGGAAAGCGUGAAGCUGCUGCUACUGCGCCGUCAUAUAGCCUUGGAAAGCCCACUGCUUCAGUCAAGCCGCCAAAGACCUCGAAGUCGUCGAAGUCGCCAAAGCCACCGAAAACCACUAGCCAAGCAUGGAUCUCGUGGGGCAAGCGACAAGAGGACAACGGUCCUACGGAAGUCUUUCCCCCUGCGCCGACCCCAAGCGACCAGAUCACCUUCGUUCCGCCCACUGCGUCGCUCUCUUGGGGAAAACGCGACGCUGAAGCGCAGCUGCCCACGUACGGCCUCGGCUUCCCAAGCUUCUCCUUUGGCUUGCCGCCGGUCGCGCCUUCCUCUGCAUACGUCAGCUGGGGUAAGCGCGACGACGACAAGAAACACCCCACGACUCUCGUGACACACAAGACUCGCCCGACGCUCACUGUCACGGACCAUAUCCCGACGUCCAGCGCAUGCCCCACCGUCACGAAGACAAUCGUGCCGCCGUGCGUGCCGCCUACGUGUCCUUAUAACUUGGUGAGCUGCAAGGUAGGCGAGGCGCAGGAGGUGGAGGUCAGGGCGAUUGAGAAGACGAUUGUCACGAUCACGACGGUUGCGAAGCCGAGCCUGAAGCCGACGGCUACGAGGAGCGUGUGCACGACGAGCACGGUGGUUGUGAAUGUGGGUUGUCCGACGUACACUUGCGUCCCCGGGGGAGAGUGCAACUAG